UCAAAACAGAGCACCUCUUCUUCUCCUACGCUUCUUCCAGCUAGCGAGGCCUGCGACGCCCACGCUUUCUCCCUCUCUAUCGUGGUUGCAGCUCCAAAGAAGCGACAUUUUCCAGCUCUUCCAGCUCUCUCUCUCUCUCACGGCUGCACCACUUACAACUAGAAGAAGAAUUAGAGCUUAUUUGACGGUCCUCCGCCUACACCUCCACCCACCUCUGCUCAUACCUCUGGUUCUGAGGGCGUAUUUCUGUCCUUGUAUCAUCAUUCGAACAGAAUGACUCAGUGUCGAGCAAUUUCUUCUUGUACUUCACUUAAUCUCUUCCCUCAUGCCUCCAGAACAGAUUUGUCUGGAAAGGCGGCUACCUCGCUACCUUUGCACGAGCUAGGGGUGAAAGCGGGUGGACAUUCUAUUGCUCACUGCAGCUCGAAGAAUUUGGCUCCGAUUCGCAUCAAUAAAUUUGCUAUCCGUGCUGUUAUAGCCAGUGAUAAGGAGUCAAUUCCUGCUGGUGUCACAGAAGGGAAAGUUCUACGUAAAAAAUUGGACAAGGUGGUGCUAGCCUAUAGUGGUGGUCUAGAUACCUCUGUCAUUGUACCUUGGCUCAGAGAGAAUUAUGGUUGUGAGGUUGUUUGCUUCACAGCAGAUGUCGGCCAAGGUAUUAAAGAAUUGGAAGGUUUAGAAGAGAAGGCAAAAGCAAGUGGAGCUUGUCAGUUAGUGGUGAAAGAUUUGAAGGAGGAAUUUGUGAAAGAUUACAUAUUUCCUUGCUUGAGAGCUGGCGCCAUUUAUGAGAGGAAGUAUUUACUGGGUACCUCAAUGGCUCGCCCUGUAAUUGCAAAGGCAAUGGUUGAUGUUGCGAGAGAAGUUGGAGCAGAUGCAGUAUCACAUGGAUGCACAGGAAAGGGCAAUGAUCAGGUACGUUUUGAGCUGACUUUCUUUGCUCUGAAUCCCGAACUUAGUGUUGUUGCCCCUUGGAGGGAAUGGGAAAUAAGGGGUAGAGAAGAUGCUAUUGAGUAUGCUAAGAAACACAGUAUUCCAGUUCCAGUUACAAAGAAAUCAAUCUAUAGCAGAGACAGAAACCUGUGGCAUCUCAGUCAUGAGGGAGACAUAUUAGAAGACCCCGCAAAUGAGCCAAAGGAGGACAUGUACAUGAUUAGUGUCAACCCAGAAGAUGCACCUGAUCAACCUGAGAAGGUGAAAAUUGGGAUAGAUGCUGGACUUCCAGUUUCAGUUGAUGGAGAGAAGCUUUCCCCUGCAUCUCUCCUCUCUAAGCUAAAUGAAAUUGGUAAAAGGCACGGGAUAGGGCGAAUAGAUAUGGUCGAAAAUCGUCUUGUCGGAAUGAAAAGUCGCGGAGUGUAUGAAACCCCUGGUGGAACCAUUCUCUUUACAGCAGUCCGUGAACUCGAGUCACUUACACUUGAUCGUGAAACAAUGCAAGUCAAGGAUUCUCUCGCACUAAAAUAUGCUGAGCUAGUCUAUGCUGGCCGGUGGUUUGACCCACUUCGUGAGUCAAUGGAUGCCUUCAUGGAGGAAAUUACAAAAACCACUACUGGCUCUGUGACGCUCAAACUCUUCAAGGGAUCUAUAUCCGUAGCAGGUCGAGAAAGUCCAUAUAGCUUGUAUAGACAAGAUAUAUCAUCAUUUGAGAGUGGCCAAAUAUAUGAUCAGGCUGAUGCUGCUGGAUUCAUUCGGCUUUAUGGACUGCCGAUGAGAGUCCGAGCCAUGCUUGACAAGGGGAACCUACUCUAUGGAGUGGUCCAACUGAGUCGAGGGAACUUGACGAAAACUGAAUCACCAUCAAACUAGACAGGUGCAUCACACAUUCAUAUGAAUUUAAAACAAAUUUCAUAUUGAGGCACAUUGAUGGGAGGUAAUGUUUUAAUCUUUGACCUCCUACUUCACAAUUAAUGUGGUGGUCAAUUCUUCUAGGUUGGUGGCUAACUCCCAACCUGACGGAGAGUGGUUGUUCUUCGCUUUGAUUUUGAAAGUUCUGUGCAAAAAUUUGCAUA